UUUAACUUUUUACCUAUGUUGUCUAAGAGACGCAGAAUUCUGAGCCAAGGGCAAAGGGAAAGACAGCCGGCUUUCCACGCUUGGCGCCUCCUUGUGAGGGCCAGCUCUCGCACCCUUUGGCGUGGGAGCCACCAGCAUUCUCUGCAUGGGAAGUCUGCCUUAUUUCGAAGGAGCCCGGGCAUUCCUCCAGAGCAGGUCCUGGGCCGUGGCAGGAUGUGCACUAUAUGCGACCCCCUCCACCAUUCAGGCCCCCGAACCAGCGUGGACCUGGGCGCUUUCAGACACCAGAUGUGCGUCUGCACCUCUGUCUCUGCAUACUUAGGCACAUGCAUUUCUUUCUAAUGUUAUUCCCUAAAAUUUCAGAAUGAGGAAAUAGCCUUCAUCACCAUUUCCCUUGCUGGUCCUCCUGUGAGAAUACCAGUAUUCCUAGGUUUUUUAAUAACACAAGAAGCUGUGAUUUGCAGUGAGACUCUGACAGCAGUGAUUAUGAGGUCAACCAAGCCAGCAUAAUAUGCAACGGGAUUGUCCCUAGAGAGGAACGCUUUGGAUCUCGUUUGCUAGAAGGCGGUGCUGCUGCCGCUCCCCACCCUCAGAAGCACUGUAAACUGCUUUCUUCCAGCCAGACACCAUAGAAGAACCUUUCUCAACUUUUCACCCUGGAGGAACCCUUGAGACAACUUCAGGUCUCAGGGAAUGCUUGCAUAAAAAUUAUUAUAUCUACAACUCAUGAUACAAUGUGCUUUUUCCUUCCAACACCACCUCUUGUGGAACCCCAGCCAAGAAAGGCUGCUGUGAAAGGUGGACAGAGGUCAGAGCAGUGCACAGCACUUUCUUUGGGAGGGAGGCUGUGCCACCGGGCCUUGGCAGUGAGUUCUGUAAUGGGGAAGCUUGUGUUUCAGGUUGCUCUACAUCAUCAGCUCGCGCUCUCUUGGAGAAUUGACUGGAUUCACGCCGCACAGAAUUUGGGGUCUUGGGUGGCUGCCAGCCCAGGUGUCUUGAAGUGAUGUUAAGCAAAGUUGACAAUGGCUGCGCAGGCUCCCUACACGAUCAGAGGCAGGACACAGGCCGGGCUGAUCACCCUUGGAAGCAGGAGACCGGGCGGUCUGGACCUUGCUGCUUGUGGAAGCCAUUGCCUGUCCUGCUCUGCAGGGCUGAAGGGAGCAGCUUCGGGCACACGUUGCAGUCCCCUGAGCUUAUGGGAGCAGCCUUGGCAUGAUGGCCCUUUCCUGCUCUGCGUCCCAAACUCCUGGCUCGGCUCCAGGUGUUGAGAGGUGCUUCUCCGUAGUCCAGCAGGAGGGAUAGAAGUGACCCAUGCAAGUGCUGGGGAAUGUCGUGUCCAGAGAGUCUCCAAAGCUGUCCCCUGGACCCAGUCUGAAUUUGGAGGAAGGCACGUCGGCCUCUGUGGCUGCAGAGCACCCUUUUCUAACUCUGCAGAGAGAACCAGCGAGGGCUGGCUCUUCCCCCCCUCACCGCCAAGACUUCCUGGCUCCUAACGUGCCAGGGCAGGGCUCCGCAUCACUUUUCCGUGGCCUUGCUGGCUGACUAGCCCUGCGUGAGAGGCUGGUGGCUGUCCAGUGGAAGGAGAGGCUAGCAUUCCCUCCAGCAUUGGUGGCUGGGGGGGGCGCAUUUUCCUCUCCUCCUACCCACCCCUUAAGGUGAAGUGACCGAGAGCUACAGGACCCUGGAAUAGGUCUGUGUCUGUCACAGUACGCAACUUUGAAACGGGCGCCCCUGACUGUGUUGCGCGUGGCAUGUGGGCCAGGGUGGGCGCAUGUGCAAGGGGCCCUGUGGUGGCUGGGUCUGCUGCGACAUGGUCCAUAGAGGAGAGGGGCCCGUGCUUGGCAAGGUUCACAAAGCCGGCCCUGGGAGUUGUCCAGAGUCCUGAGCAGGAACCACUCUGCCGUUCCUCCCUCACGGGCUGAGCGGCUGGUGCCCUGGGAAUAUGGCUGCAGCGUGGUAUGAGCACGUGGUGCCCUUUCAAGUGCCGAAGGUUCGCAGCCCCCCCCCGUCUGUGAAGGAGCGUGGUUGCGCAGGUGCUCUGCCCCUCGUGCUCAGGGGUUAUUUGCUCCUCUCCAGAGAGGCUUCCCUUGAUGCCUUCUGCUUAAACCUCCCCAGUGUUAAUCUGGGGCCUGUAAAAAAUGGAGGCUUUCUCUAGGCUGGGAUUUCACUAGGGGAACUGCCUCGGUACCCCCGGGGGAAUAUACUUGGGCGCUUAAUUUAUCCCAGUGUUUCUUGGCAUAAGGUCUUGCAAGGAGCAUCCACUGUAAGUGAGAAGGAUCGAAAGGGGUCCCAGGCUGAGUGAAAAUCCCUCUAUGCAAACUAUGAAGUGUAUCCCCCCCGCCCCAUAGUCACCCUCUCUUUCCUUGCCAGGGCCCCAGGCCUCGCAGCUAGCAGGCUGACCCACAGGGAGCCAUGGUCGGUUGUGGGGUAGCUCAGCUCACUGGCAUCUCUAAUCCAGCAUCCUGAUCCCCCAGGGGCCAAGAGGGGCCUUAGGAAACCCACAGACCAGGCCCAGGGGCACCCUGUUGUGGGGCAUUGUGCUGUCAUGGCCUAGUAGCCUUUGUUGGCUCAUCUUCUGUCAUUGUUUUUACGUUGGUAGCCAUUCCCUUGUUUUAUGGAAACCAGUUCUGCAGUUUGAACUCCAGUGAACAGCAUUGCGGGAUGAUCCUGAAGGAUGAAGUAUAACAUAUCAGGGAUUGAAAGAGCCUCGAGCCCAAUGUGGCUUCAGAGACCCCGAGAAGGACCCAUCACUUGAGGGCUGGGAUAGUUUCUGGCAGUCUGAUUGCGCUAUGGCAGAGGCAGACAAUGUGGACUCCCUCAUGGAAGGAGGCUCUAGGUCUCUGGCCCUGGGGAGCUGACCUACGUCUGCAGCCCUCCUUCCCAAGGGGUAGCGUGGGUGGGCAUGACGGAAUGCUUUGAGCUGGCUUCUGGCUGGAGUUCUUUAGGGGCAGGCAGGAUGGGAGGUACCCGGGGCGCUCUGGGGCCUGUGGGAGAUGUCGAGCCACCCAGUGUAGCUGAAGUUAAGCGAACCCUGCAGUGGCACGCAGGCAGAGCAGCAGCCCGUAUCUUCCUUACAGCCCGUAUCAUUUCUCACCAGCGUGGCCGGUAGCUGGCAUGGGCAGGGACCGCCUGUCGAGCAGCAUGCCUGGAGGGUGCCAGUUGGGGAAAACUGGUGUGGGGUUGUCAGCUGUGCCUGCCUGGUGGCACCUCAGCCCUGAAGCCGGGUCUGCCCCCCCUGCCCAGGGCUGCCUCUACUGCAGGUGACCUGUACUCCCCUCUCCCCCUCUAACAAGCUCUCCUGGGCAGCCUGGCAAUAAAUCUCUCCUGGUGUGGGACGAGGAAUAUAAAUAUCCCUGUAGUGAUGUGAUCUUUCCAGCUGCUAUUAAUAGGCCCCCAGAGACUCAGCCAAGCCAGUGUGAUGGGCUGACACUUAAAGAGACAGGGUGCCACAGAAAUGGUAUCUUUGCUGUCCACGCCGGGCACCCCUGAAAUGCUGAAGGACCUGCCAGCGAGAGACGGGUGCAGGCAGGUCAAGAGUGGGCUAGACCCUGCUCCACCUUGAGAGGCACCGCAAGUGCUUCGCCACUGUCUUUCUCUUCAGCAUGGAGCCGGUCGACUGCUCUGCUCGUGUUCCCCUGAAACCGGUGCUCAGGGAUAGGGCUGGAGGUGAUCCCUGGCCACGUGGCUCACAGGCUGCGAUAGCCGCCCUGCAAAUGGGCAGGAAGUCGGGGAGCGUUCCCCUGCCCUCUCCUGGAACUACCCCAUUCAGCUAACCCUCUGGAUCCUGCCAGAACAUCUCUCUGGUUUUAUACGCCUCUUUCAGCUCAUCCGUUGCUUGCCCUUUUCCCCAAAAUCCUGCGUUUAAUCUUACACGAUUUACUCUGGCCCAUUAGCCGCUUCAGUUUUCCUUUUCUGCGCCUUGUUGAUUGUUGCAAUAUGUUUUUUGAAGUUCACACAGAAUUGCGCAUAGACUUCCAGAGAGCAUCAUAUAUUUGCCUGAAAGCAUGCUGAUAUAGACUGUUAGUUCCCAUUCUUUUCUAAUGAUUCCCAAGGUGGAAUCUGCAUGUUUUCUAGCAACUAGACAGUAGAUUGCUACCAAAAAUUCCUUUCCUCAGCAGUCUUGACCAAGAAUACCUAUUUAUGACUUUUUGCCCCAGAAUGCAUCAUUUGCUUUUUGAUGUUCGCUUCGGAGAGAUGUUUCUGAAGUUCUUCAACGUUUCUUUGUUGUCUUAACUACGCUAAAUGAUUUUGGAUUUGGCCAUCUUAGUGCUCAGCCCAAACUCCAUUUAUGAAGAUAUUAGCCCCAGCACUAGUCCUUAGAACCUUUCAUAUUUGUCUGCUGGAAGAAAUGUUGUUUCUGUUCUUUGCUUUCUCUUACCCCAUUACCAACCCAUAAAGAAGUUACUGUUUAUCUAAGGACAGUUGAAAAGCUUUUUGGAAGUCUAGCAGUCUUGCCUCUGUCCAAAAAUCUGUUGAUAUUUUCAAAGAACUUUGAAAGACUAAUGUGAUAAGACUUACUUUUGCCGAAGCCAAGCUGGUUCUUCAAUAUGUUUGAAUGUCUUGCGUUUAAUAACGACUCCACCAGUUUCCCCCUGUAAUUUGAGGAAUCUGUGUUGCCUUGGCCACUUUCCAGAACCCGAUGCAGGUGCAUUUGGGUUAGAGCAUCAGCAGUGGCAGGUUUGGAGGGGAUCCCUUACAGGACCCGAUAGGAUGGCCUGGGCCUGCUGUUCCUCAGGGUCAUUCCGGUCUAGAAAGACCCUCCUCUUAAGGCCCUCGUUCUUUGGUGCGCUGCUCUGCGCCCCCGACCUUAACUAAGCCAGGAAGGGGCAUGAAACGGCAAACCCCCAGGGCAGCGGGGGAUAAUUCUUGGGCACGGUGGAGGUUUGCAGGAGGCCUGGAGGAUGCAAGGUGGGUGUUUCUAGCAGGAGCAUGUUGCGGCCACCGUGGCCUCUUCUUGCCCCUCUGAUGAUUAUUUUGUCUUCUGCCCCUCUUCCCCCCCACCCCAGGAGGUGUUUGGCCCAACAGGAAGUACCAGCGGUGGUGGGAGCAGAGACGCGGAGCUUCCUCCAGUGUCGCUGCCAGAAGCUUUAGCCAAUCAAAUGCACCCUGACAGUAAAUUGGCCAGUCAUGGAAAGACAGGUAACAGCAGCGCCCACUCCCAGCCCCAGCCCCACAAUGUGAGCCCCACUCCCACUGGCAACCUGGGCGCAAAAGGCGUGGGGGGGGCCGGGAACCACAGCAGCAAAGUCGGCCAGCCCACUGCAGGCACCGUGGGACUGAAAGCCAGCCAGGCUCCUGUUUCUGUCUUUGGGGCCUUGAAGGGCAAAGUGAGGCGGGAGCGCAGUGUCUCCGUGGACUCGGGAGAGCGGCGGGAAGCGAGUGCCACCCCACUGGACAAGGAGCUGAAAGGCGAGGCUGCCCCUCGGAGCAAGAGGCGCUGCGUGCUGGAGAGGAAGCAGCCCUACAGCGGGGACGAGUGGUGCUCUGGACCAGAGAGCGAGGAUGACGACAAGUCUCUGGGCAGCACCCACAAUUGCCACGCAGCCGAGUCGGCAAUGAGCUCGGGCCCGCAGCUGGGCCCAGGAUCCAACCCUCUGCCGGCCCUGAGCGAGAGCAGCGCAUCUGGCGCACCCCACACCGCGGCCCCUGGCCUGCGGUCCGACGCCGGAGGGAAACAGGCCCUGCAGGUGGUCUACGUCUUCACUACACACCUCGCCAACACGGCUGCAGAGGCUGUCCUACAAGGCCGAGCAGACUCCAUUCUUGCCUACCAUCAGCAACAUGUACCCCGGGCAAAGCUGGACCAGCCGGCCCCUCACGCGAAGAUGCCAGCAGUGGGUGAGCCCCUGCCAAUCCACCUGUCUCCUGCCAGCACCCCUCAGGGACAGCCGGCCCUGCCCCCAAGCAGCCAGGCCCAGGGACAGCCUCCGGGGCCCCCCGCCCUGGGGCUUGGCCAAGGACCACUCUCUUCUGGCAGUGCUCUCCCCCCGGAGGGGGCGCCCGAGGACACUUGCCGGGACCUGACGCCCAACUCAGUGGGAAACGGCAGCAACAGCAGCAGCUCCACGGCCCCCGGCAGCACCCACCCCAGCACACCCACCGCGCCCAGCUCCUUGCCGGCCAGCACUGCAGAGGGCUUGCUGGGGGAAGGGGCCACCGCAGGCCCACAUACAGCAGGGAACGGGCCCCGCAGCACCCUCAACACUGAGGGCCUCUCCAAGGAGCAGCUGGAGCACCGGGAACGGUCUCUGCAGACCUUGCGGGACAUCGAGCGCCUGCUCUUGCGUGGCAGCGAAGCCGAGACCUUCCUCAAGGGCGGGCCAGGGACUGGGGAAGGGGCCAUCCUGCCCCCCCAGGCCACUGCUCCCCAGCCUCCGCAGGCUCCUCUUUCUGGGGCUGGCAUAAAGAAGUAUGAGGAGCCCCUGCAGUCUAUGAUAUCGCAGACGCAGAGCCUGGGGGGCCCAGGCCUCGAGCAAGAAGGGCCAGUACCCCCCGGGGUGGACCUGGGCCAGCCGAUGAAUGUAGUGCUGCAGCGCCUGGGCCAGGACAGCCUGACCCCCGAGCAGGUGGCCUGGCGCAAGUUGCAGGAGGAGUACUAUGAGGAGAAGCGUCGCAAGGAGGAGCAGGCCGGCCUGCAUGGGGGGCGGCCUCUGCAGGAGGUGAUGCUGGCCCAGCCCCUGGGAGGCGUGAUGCUUCGGGGGCCCCCACCACCCUAUCACAGCAGACCCGGGGAGCAGUGGCUUCUGCGGGGAGCACCCCUGGACGUGCAGGAGCAGCUGCGGCCCUCGUUCUCUGCCCCACCCCGCUUCCCGGGCACCCACAUCCAGAGAGGUUUUGCAGGGAUGCCCAGCCUACCACUGGAGCCUCUCGGCCCGGUGAGCAGCGGGCCCCGCCCUGUGCGGCCUGGCUUGCCAUGGGGAGAGGAAAUGCCCCUGGGGGGGCCUGGGCACUUUGCGCCUGGGGGUCUCCCGUAUCCCCCAGGGCAGGGCGAAGCUGAGCGCUUCCUCACCCCCCGGGCGCGCGAGGAGCUGCUGAGGCACCCACUGCUGGAGAAGAGGCAGGGGUCGCUGGGGCUGGAGAUGGAGCGUGUCAUGCCGGCCCACCGGCAGGUGGAGCCCACCAUGCUUUCUGGUGAAGGCCUGAGCCUGGAGUUCGGGGGUGCUCGGGCCCUGAUGAGUCCCCCACCCCCACUGCAAGAAGUGGAGCCAAGCGCCUUGGCUCCCCCCGCCAACCUCAACAUGAACGUGAACAUGAACAUGAACAUGAACUUGAACGUGCAGAUGACGCAGCAGCAGCAGCAGCAGCAGCAAAUGAUGAUGGCCCAAAAGGCCCGUGGGCCAGAGCUGGUGCCCUCCGAGGAAAUGGCCCGAGGGCGUGCCCCAAAUGGCACAGGGGCCAUGCUGGGAGGGCCUCCGAAGAUGAUGAUGGGCUCGCCUUUCUCGGGCCAGGGGCAGCCUCCGCCACAGCAGCAGCAGCAGGGCUUCUCCACCAUGCAGGGCCCUUACCCCCCUGUGCCUCAGGAGAUGGGGAACACGCCCGACAUGUUUGGCCCAGAGCAGGGGAACAUGGCCAGCACCCCACGGCUCAGCCACGUUCCCCUGCCACCCAGCACCAGCUCUUCUGCCACAAACAUGCAUCAAGUGCCCGUCAGGGGCCUGGGCCGCCGCCCUUCGGAUCUGGCCCUUAACAUGGGGCAGAUGAACUCUCCCAGCGUGGGCCGUCUCAAGUCUCCAACCCUCAGUCAAGCACAUUCCCCCUUGGGCACUUCCCCUUCUGCAAACCUCAAGUCGCCGCAGACACCUUCUGGCCUGGUCAGCCUGCCAGCUGCCGCUGCCACCAGUGCCCCCCUCAAGUCACCCCAGGUCCUUGGCUCUGUGCUCAACGUACGCUCCCCAACCAGUUCGCCCGGCCAUCUCAAAUCACCCUCCAUGGCUGUCUCCUCUCCAGGAUGGGCAUCCUCGCCCAAAGCCGGCCUUUCCAGCCCUGGCAAGCCAACCCUUGGAAUGAGCAACUCUGCCCCCUUGGGCCACCUUGAGCAAGAUCCACCCCCAUCCCAGAACCCUUUGUCACUUAUGAUGUCCCAGAUGUCCAAAUACGCCAUGCCCAGCUCCACGCCACUCUACCACAAUGCCAUCAAGACCAUCGCCACCUCGGAUGAUGAACUGCUCCCUGACCGGCCCAUGCUCCCGCCUGGGGCUAUCUCUGGCAUGGGAGGGAACCAGCCCAAUCCGAUGCACGUGAACUCUGUGGGGCCAGCCCCUGCUCCGAGCCCUAUGGGCCUGAACCUCCCCGGACAGCAGCUGCUCUCCCAGGAAGUAGCAGCCCCUCCAAUGUCUUCGCCAAGCCCCCUGGGUGCCAGCCUCCCCAUGCACAGCAGCGCUCCUGUGCAGAACCCAAUGAUGUUGCCCCCUGGCCCCCCGGACUCCCUGGGCCAACCCUGCGGCCCUUCUGGUCAGCUGGUGUUUCCGCCACGCCUGCAGCAGCCCCCCACCAAUGGGGGAGGCAUCCCAAUGGCCCCAGGAGGGGCGGCCGGACCCGGGUUGCAGCAGCCGCCUCCACCGCCGCAGCAGCAUUAUCCGCCUGGCUUGGGACUCCCUCCGGAGGAGCUGCCCCCUCAACAGGCAGGCCCCGUCGCCCCGCCUCCACAGCAGCGCAUGGCCGGGAGGCUGCCUGAGCCCUACGCCCCAGUGCUUCCUGGAGUUGCUUCGGUGCUGAGCGACCCGGAGCUGAGCGACGUGAUCCGCCCCACACCCACAGGCAUCCCUGAGUUUGAUCUGUCCCGCAUCAUCCCUUCUGAGAAGCCCAGCAGCACGCUGCAGUACUUUCCCAAAGGGGAGGGCCAGGGGGUCAAGGCCCUGCCCCCCUCCAACCUGCACCUGGUGAACUUGCAGAACAUGAUGGCGGAACAGGGCCCGGCCCGGCCCGGCCCACAAGGUGUGCAACGCGGAAUGGCCAUGUGCCACCCUGGACAGAUGCCCGUACUGGGUAGGACAGGCCUGGCCCCCCAGCAGACCAUGGUGGGCAACAGCUUGCACCAAGGCCUGAUGCUGCCCCAGCAGAACCUCAUGGCCCAGCAGAACUUCCUGCUCAUGCAGGCCAAGCAGCGCAGCAUGUCUGUCUCUGGAGAGAUGUAUGGGCAGCCAGGGCACCUGAUCUCCCCUCAGGGUUCACUCAUGGGCCCUCCAUCCCAGCAGAACCUCAUGGUCUCCAUGCGGCAGCGCAGCGUCUCCUUGGACAGCCAGAUGAGCUAUGGGCCUGGAGCUGGCAGCAUGGCCAACCUGCCCUUCUAAGGAAUUUCCUCCAAGUGGGGAUGCCUUGUUUCCUUUGCCUCUCAAAGCCAUCCAAAGGGCCGGAGGGGUUGGGGUGGUGUAAAUAGGUUUGGGGGAGCAGCAGCUGGCUCAGCCUUCUCUGUGUUGGCAUAGACAAAGCAGAAAUGGAACCCCUUGACCACUUUCCCUGGCGCUAGAUAGAUUUCCCACCCAGAGGAGCUACCCGCCUCUCCUCCCUCCUGCCACAGAGCAGCGUGCAUGCCCUGGCUGCCCACAGUGGCUGGUUGCCCCCAGGCUGGUGGUGGGACACGGCCUGAGGUGGAGAGAAAUUCUCUCGAGCCCCCAUCCCCCAGUUAGCUCUCCUUACAGGACGUUGGCCCCAAACCAGUGGGCGCGGGUUGGCACUCUCCACCAUGCUGUGGAUGUAUCCUUCCUGGCAUUAACAGCCAGAGCAGGAAGUAAGAGUGGGUGUUCCACUCAUUGUUGGGCACCCAUUCUUCAGCGUUUUUUUCCCCCUGUAGGGUGCCAGUCUGGGUAAGCCCACCCAAAUCCUCCCCUUUGAUUCAAUGCCACCCCCACUCUUUCUCCCUGCACCAUGUUGGGGAACAGCCGUUGGAUGGCUCCUUGCCCUGAUUCUGCUUCUGCGCUUGUCAGGGAGCAAGACCAAGGGGAACAGGAGACGUGGGGUCAGAGAAAGAAAGAGUCUUCAGGAGGAAGAAAGGUUGCUUUCACCUUGCAGUGGUUGCCUACUUUUAAAUAGACAGUGAAUGAAGAGAGGCUAAAAACGAAUGUGUGCCCUUGGGAGACUGAAUUACGUCCCCAGAGGAAUGGUUAAGAGUCUACGCUAGAGGCGCAAGAGGGCAAGCCUUGUAUCCCCAGGUCCUUGGUAGCCAGGGCGUGAAGGGGCUUGCCUGCCCCUCGCAGAGGGAGUCCCCAGCUCUUCCUUUACCCUCCUAGUUUUGUCUAGAACAAGCGAGUGCCCAAUUACAAACUCCUGUUCCUGGGCAACCAGCAGCCUGCUCCCUAUUUCCUCUCUGCCUGCUCAGUGUUUGAGGAGCUUCCCGGGGUUGGGCUGGGCUGGGCCAGGCUUUUGGGGGGCAGGGGGAGGGGGCAGGCCUGGGUGGCUCCUUCUGGCAGAUGCAUCUGGCUUUGCUAAGCUGCAGCGCAUCUGCAGUUUUAAACUUGGCUUGUAUGUGUGCGUGCUUCUGCGCGAGACCUUCACCCUCCGGCCUGUUGGCAGCGAAGUCCAGAAGGGAUAGGGUUUGAGGGAAAGGCUGUUAAAGAGGCUACAGAAAAGCGUGCUGGGGAGAUCAGACAAGAAGAUUAAUUGCCCCAAGAAGCAAGGGGAAUGUUGAUUUUUCAUGGUGUCUUGCAGCGUUUACUCCAGCAAAAGCCUGGCUCUGAAUUUCUCCACAACAGUGAAGCCUGGCAGAAGGGUGCUUCCAGUGACCUGUCCAUCCUGCUCAUCUGCUUGAAGCAUUCAUAGGCUCCUCCGCUGCCCCCCAACCCCCGGCUUUGCCUUGUGCUGUGAACGUGGUUCUGUCUCGUGUCUCCUGCCUCCCCUCCCUUGCUUCGCUCCCCAGCUUGGGUCGCAUCUGCUGAGCGCCCUGCUUUCCUCUGCAGCCAGUCAGGAUGAGGCCAACGGAAGAGGUGCCGUUCUGGGUAACCCAAAGCACCUGCAGCUGCCAGGGGGCGCUGGUCUGCUCCAUGCCAUCCCCUGCCAGCCAUGCAUUUUGUACCAGUCUAUAAAUAAAAAUAUAUAAAUAAAUA